CUGUCGAGCACGCGUUGCAAAAGGGAGAGAGAGAGCUGACUGAAAGAGCCGAAGACUUAUGAAGCAACGUGCGAGGUUGAACCUCAUACGGCUUUCGAACCGACUUUCCUAGAAAUGAGCCACUCGUAGACUGCCCCGCGAGUACGGGGGCUUGCGCGGCUCCGACAACACAUUUUAGAAAAUGAAAAGGCUUUCUCGAAAGCUGACUUUGGCUUUGGCAGUUUUGUUCUGGCUCGCUGCACUACUGUAUCUGCUGCUGUUAAGUAGACGGAAAGUCUCAGGUCUGGAGACCGAAGACGCACAGGACAGGAAGCUCACCGAAGCGGAAUGGGAUGACCUGCUCGAUCAGUUUGAAGAAAAACACUACCUCAGUGCCCGCCGGUGGAAACCGGGCCAAGACCCCUACAAGCUGUAUGCCUUCAACCAGCGCGAAUGUGAGCGGAUCCCCAGCAACCGCGCCCUUCGAGACACCCGCCAUUACAGGUGCACCGCAUUGCAUUACGGUCCAGAGCUGCCGCCCACAUCCAUCAUCAUCACGUUCCACAACGAGGCACGGUCCACACUUCUGCGGACUGUCAGGAGUGUACUGAAUCGCACUCCUGUACACCUGAUUCAUGAGAUCAUUUUGGUGGAUGACUUCAGUGAGGACCCAAAUGACUGCCUUCUUCUCACCAAGUUGCCCAAAGUGAAAUGUCUUCGGAAUGAUAAACGAGAAGGGCUGAUCCGGUCCAGGGUUCGAGGGGCAGAUGCUGCUCGGUCUGGGGUUCUCACCUUUUUGGACAGUCACUGUGAGGUCAACAAAGACUGGCUACCCCCACUGCUCCAGAGAAUAAAGGAGGACCCGACGUGUGUGGUGAGCCCCGUCAUCGACAUCAUCAACAUGGACUCCUUCGCUUACGUCGCCGCCUCCUCAGACCUGCGAGGAGGCUUCGACUGGAGUCUACAUUUCAAGUGGGAGCAGCUGUCUGCAGAGCAGCGGGCCAAGAGAGCUGACCCCACCGAACCCAUUAAGACCCCCAUUAUUGCUGGAGGGCUCUUUGUGAUUGACAAGUCCUGGUUCAAUCACCUGGGGAAAUAUGACACCGCCAUGGACAUCUGGGGUGGGGAGAACUUUGAGAUCUCUUUCCGGGUGUGGAUGUGCGGCGGUAGCCUGGAGAUCAUUCCCUGCAGCAGGGUUGGCCACGUCUUCCGCAAGAAGCACCCCUACAUCUUUCCGGAGGGAAAUGCCAACACUUACAUCAAGAACACUAGGCGAACGGCGGAAGUGUGGAUGGACGAGUUCAAACUCUUCUACUACUCGGCUCGACCGGCCGCCAGGGGAAAGCCCUACGGGGACGUCCACAACAGACAGGAGCUCCGCAAGAGUCUCAAGUGCAAAUCCUUCAAGUGGUAUCUGGACAACGUCUAUCCAGAACUCAAGAUCCCAGACGACUCGGACUCCAAGUCCGGAGUGAUCCGGCAGAGGCAGAACUGCCUGGAGUCUCGCAAGGUGGAGGGUGAGGACCUGCCAGUGCUGACGCUGGGACCCUGCAUCGGGACCAAGGCGGUCCCCGCGUUCAACCAGGAGUGGAUCUACACACACGGCCAGCAGAUCCGCCAGCAGCAGCACUGCCUCUCCCUCUCCACCACCUUCCCAGCAUCCCAGGUCCUGCUCAUGCCCUGCAACAUGGGAGACGGAAAACAAAGGUGGCAGAAGUCUGGUACGCACAUUGAGCACCUGGCCUCUCACUUUUGCCUGGACAGCGAGAUGGCUCUGGACGGGAUUGAAAGCAGUAAGAUGCUGGUGAUAAGCCCUUGUGAACCGUCAGCCUACACGCAGCGAUGGGACGUGCCCUUCUCGUGACCGCGGGACCAUUGUGGGGGAAGCAUCGCGCUCGGCUGCAAAUGCGAUUGGGACCAACCAGCACUCCCUCUGCCUCAGAGUGCUGCAGCAGGAAGAAGAGAGGGGAAUCAGGACGCAGACACCAAAGAUGGCUGACGCGGGGGGGCAUCUUGCCCCCCUCUUCGUCAGUCACUGAAAUUUCUCAUUCGUUGGAGAGUGGGACUCGGACACUUAAAUGAUUCCUCUCUUCAGGACGCUGAAUGUCAUCCACAUGGCAAGAAGGCAGGACUGACAACUCAUGCCAUGUGACUGGAUGGGAAGACACUGGAGAAUUCAUGUGCUUCAUUGCAGUGGUUACUGAAGUGUUAUCCUCUGUUGUGGCAUUACCAGUAGGUGAAAGAACUAUCCUUGCCUCAAUGCUAUGGUUAAUAUCAACUGCUGUCUGAAAAGCCAGUAAGACCAAUGACACAACUACAAGUAAAAUCUGCAACUUGUUUUAAGUUAAAGGUUUACAUUGCCCUCAGUGGGG